GAUGAGCUGUGGCUUGCUGCAUUCAGUCCGUGGUUGACAUUAGACGUUAAUGGUUCAUCGGUUGUUGAGUAGGUGUUUGUUCGGAGGCGUAGGUGGAUUUUGUUUAGUGUCGGUGUGAUCCGUGGAAGAUUUCGGAAGUUGUGAUUAGUGUCGGCCACAAUUUGGAGGAUUUUUGAACUGUAUUCGACUGUUGAGUGAUAAUUGUGCAGAAUAUUUUGAAAAAGAAGAAGUCGAGCAAAGGCUCACUAUCAGUGUUUAGUGAUUAUCGAAAGCGUAGAACAAGGAUACCUCAGGCGGCGCCACAUGAAAGACAUGAUGUCCAGUGCGAUUCCAAACGAUCAUAUCCUGCGGCCUCCGCAGGAAAGUGCAAUCUCGAAACCGCGUGCCGUUUAUAGUAUCGAUCAAAUCUUGGGAAACCACCACCACCUGCGGAAUACGAGUAACAGCAACAACAACCACAGCAGUAGUAUCAUUCAUAAUAACAACAAUAUCAACACCAAUAAUAAUAACAACAACAACGAUCAGGAUGGUUCUUUGAAGCGGGAGGAUUCACCGGUGGAACCGCACGAAAAUGGAGUCGAUGUGGAUAACGACGACGAACUGCCCAUUAUGGGAGAUCUGGAUGGGAUGGAUGGUGACCCGAACGACAUGAAUCGGCCGAGGAAAAUUCGACGCAGAUCUCGGACCACGUUUACCACCUUCCAGUUGCAUCAGUUGGAGCGAGCCUUCGAAAAGACGCAAUAUCCGGAUGUGUUUACCCGAGAGGAGCUUGCCAUGCGGUUGGAUCUGAGUGAAGCGAGAGUUCAGGUAUGGUUCCAGAACCGUCGUGCGAAGUGGCGCAAACGAGAAAAAGCCAUGGGUAGAGAUACAUCUGCUUUUCUACACCACGACCAAGGAAUGCCUGAAUUCCCGCUGGGUCUUCCCUUGCCGCACCAGCUGGCUCAUCCAAGUCUUCCACCGGCUGAGUUUUGGUCGGCCAACUUUGGACUGCAUCCAACGCUCAUUCCAGGCUCCGGACAUCCGUUGAUCCACCCCAACAUGGUACCGAGCUACAAGAUCCCGCAUUUUCACUCGUUUCUCUCCCAGUACAUGGGACUUAACACGUUGCUUGGUGCAGCGGCAUACCCACAGAACCUCAGCAUCAAUACCCGACUUAGUCCACCGGCUAGUCCAAAGGAGAGUCCCAACGAGACAGUGACUGGUGGCGCUGGAGUUAGCAAUACGAGUAGCAGUAGCAGCAGUAGUAGUAGCUCAAGCAGUGCUAGCAGUAAUCUCAGUGUUGGCAGCAACAGCGUUAACACUAGCAAAGAAAGUGUAGCGGAGAAAUAAUCGAACGGGUUGUUAGGUAGUGAAAGAGCUCUCACGAGAUGCAAUAUUUAUUGUUAAUUUAUCGAAACGGAUCUGAAGCAGCGGAAGGAGGUCACAAAGCUGGGGAAUAUCGGGUCGGACA